AUGUCAGUCACCGCGACGCCGAGGCGGUCCUUGACCGCUCGCUUGGUCGAGACCGUUCGAUUCUAUGGACCUCUCGGAUUUGUAUCUUUCGGUGGACCAUCAGCAAAUUGUAAGCAAGCUUUGGAUGACCUCUACGGAAGGUACCGGCUGCCAACGUGCGCCGGCGCCGACGAUACCUACGCGCCUUCAAGUCUUGAAUAUGUGCCCCGCCUGGCUCCAGGUCCGAGGCCCGUGCUGAUAGAUUCGGGACCGCCCGCUCAAUCGCAGUGAUCUUGCUCCGCAAAAUCUUCGUCAUUCGCGAGAAGUGGAUCGAUGACUCGACGUUCCAAGAUUUGCUUGCAUUGGGGAACGCCCUGCCCGGUCCGGCCUUCUCUCAAAUCGCCUCAAAUCGCCUUCUCCAUCUCGGCGAUUCGAGGCAACCCGGCGGCCGUCCUCUCAUUCCUUCUCUUGACCGGCCCGGGCAUGUUUGCCAUGAUCGGUAUCGCAUUUGGAGUCAAGAGGAUCCCCAAUACGCUUCCAGACAUUGCGUUCGCACUUUUCACCGGGCUCAACUCGGCGGCUAUUGGACUCGUUUCGCUUGCGGCGUACCAGCUGAGUCUGAAGGUCAUCACGGACGACAUCACUCGUCUGUUGGUCUUUUUGAUGGGUGCAAUUGCGGCUUGCUACGAGUCGCAAUGGCUCUACCCCGUAAUGAUGGCUGCGAGCGGAAUUUCUACUUACUCGUUCGACAAGGCGACCGAGUACCGAGACACGCGCAGAACUGGACGCGAGCGAAUUGCAGGACUCCCCGUCGUGCCUGAACAAGCCGAGGACAUCGAGAUGCACAUCGCUCGGCCGAUACCAGCCGUCACGAGGGAUUUUGUCGAGGCAGAAACACUGCACAAAAGAUCGGCCGUCACUCGGCGUGACAGUCAUCGCGAGUCGCGGGGACGCUACCCGACUCCGCCUCCUGAAGCAUCCUCCUCUCAGCCCAGCCGGGGUAACACGAGCGACGACGCGGGCGCCGAAGUUCAAGAGGAGGAGCGACCGUACUUCACCAUCACGGUCAAGCAAGGCUUGAUGAUCUGCGCCGGCUUCUUCGCUCUUCUGAUCUCCUUGAUCGUCUCGCGCGCCUUGACGCCUCGAGCACGGAUCCUCGACUUCGUGACCAACCUCAUGCUUGCCGGCACGCUCAUCUUUGGUGGUGGGCCCGUCGUAAUCCCUCUCUUGCGAUCAUACACCGUCGAUCCAGGGUGGGUCGCCCCGCGCGAUUUCCUCCUCGGUUUCGCGUUGCUGCAAGCCCUGCCCGGCCCUCAAUUCAACUUUGCCGCGUUCUUAGGAGUUCUUGUGAUCCCAUCCCAGCCAUUCUUGGGCGGCCUCUUGGCGCGAUGGCGAUUUUCACCCCAGGAAUAUUGCUCAAAUUGGGUGCUCUACCUUUGUAUCAAAGGUUCAAGACCAACGGUCCGGUCCGAAGCGUCUUGAGGGGUUUCAAUGCGGGGGCUAUCGGACUGGUAGGUCUCGGCGUGACCGUGUUCGCAGUUGGACUCUGGAGCGAACAGCUUCCUGAUAGCGUCAUCGUCCUUCCCUCCUCAGAUCUACUCGGCCGUCUAUCGCCUCUUCCGAGUCGGCUUCGUCCAAGGAUCGACCCUCGACCCCGGCGUCCCAGCAGCCUUCCGAUCUCUCGAUCAGGAUGGCUUCUGGGUUUCGAUCGUCGCGGCGACUUUUGUCGCGUGUGGCUGGUUCAACGUUCCGACACCGGUUGCGAUCUUGGGUGGAGCGGUUGGAGGGUUGGCUUGGUAUGGUGUUCAGCAAGCUUAG